CAGGAGUGUUAGCACUACGCCAUGGCCCUGACCAGACGGUGCAUGUAUUUUUUGAUGUUGCUGGCGGUAUGUUUCACCGGGAAAGUAGCUAGUCGCUAUAGAAAAUACGCCAACCAAGUUCUGCUGGUGUCCAUGGAUGGGUUCAGGUACGACUACCCCAAAAAAGCGGCAACGCCCAACUUUGACAGAAUGGCACGGAAAGGUGUGAGAGCGAAAUAUGUCACCAAUACCUUUGUCACCAAAACCUUCCCGUCACACUACAGCACCGUCACAGGACUUUAUCAAGAAAGCCAUGGAAUCGUAGGUAAUACCAUGUAUGACCCAAAGUUUGGCGAAUACUUUUCCAUGCGGAACCAUGAGACAAAAUGGUGGAAGGGGGGCGAGCCCGCAUGGAUAACGGCCCGGAAACAAGGACUGAAGUCUGGUACCAUGUUUUGGCCCGGAAGUGAGGUGAAGAUUCAAGGUCUGCGCCCGAACGAGUGGUACAAUUACAACGAAUCCAUUACCUAUGAUCAACGAGUAGACAUAGUCAUUAAAAUGCUAAAGGAUGACAAGCUCAACUUCGUUACGCUGUAUUUUCACGAGCCUGACCUAACUGGGCACAUAUACGGACCAAAUUCACAGGAAGUUGUCGACAAAGUCGUAGAAAUGGACAAACUUCUAGGAACUAUCUUGCACAAGUUGACCGCAAAUGGACUUCGAGAUCAAGUAAACCUUAUCGUCAUGAGUGACCAUGGGAUGGCCGAAGUAGAUUACGACAACAAACUUGUCGAGAUAUACGAUUUAGUGCAUAAAUCCAAGAUCAGACGCACAGUGGACAGCGGUCCGAUCAUGCACGUGAUUCCAGAGGAUGGUCAAGAGGACGCCAUUAUAAAUGAUAUAAAUAGUCACCCGAAGUUCACAGCCUAUAGAAAAGCUGAUAUACCGGAUAGGUGGCACUACAAGAACAACCGGAGGGUGAUGCCGAUCUUUGUGGUGGCCGACGAAGGCUGGACCAUAACGUGGAAUGCGACCUAUACCAGACGUUAUAACAGUAAAGGUAACCAUGGAUACGAUAACCGCCUGAUGUCAAUGAAGUCGAUAUUUUAUGCCAUGGGUCCUAACUUCCGGUCAAACGUUUUAGCCCCGACUCUCAAUUCAGUUGACGUUUAUCCAUUGGUGUGCGAACUCCUAUGUAUAACACCGUCUCCUAACAACGGUACGCUAGCCAACACUGCACGCCUCCUUAAGCCAUUCAAGAAUCGCCAUGAAGCUACCAGAUACUCCUCCAGUAAUUUGGUAAAUUGGCUUUUCUCGUCUUUUAAAUCGACUUUCUGGAGGCAAAAUUAGAUUAAAUAUGACGUUCCUGGGAUUAUUUUGUGCAUCUCCAGUCUCUUAUAUCAUACUUCUUCAAUUAUUUUUAUGAGGCACCACCAAAUCGAGAAAUCUUCCAGGAAAAACAUUUAUUUUUCAGUUGUUUUUUUCCAGCGAACCACGAAACAUAUUCACUAUGAAAAGAAAAUAUACCUUGAUUUACUUCUACUUUAUUGUGGUUAUGACUUUCUAUGCAGAGGAGUUUUAGGAAUAAAGUAUGCUAUGAUAUUAUGAUAUAAAAAGUCCUUUUCUUAUUUCAUUUACAAGCUAUAAAAUGUCAUUUGAAGUUAUUUGAAA